GUGCGGUACCACUAUGUACUUACGGUAUAAAAAGAAACGCCAAAUAAGGACUAACAGCCAGAAUAGGUGUCAGGGGUGGGUGAGUGCUGGCGGAUCACUUUUGACACGCAUGGCACAAGUUUGCGCACUUGGCAAGGGGGCCGGCCCCGCGCGACCACCUCCCACUUCCCAAAUGCCCGGAAGCCGCGACCACCUCGAUUCCCCUCUCCCUUCCCGGCAACACACGGACCUCCCCUCGCUUCCGCGCAGAAGCGCAUGGAGCCCAGGCCCCCAAUGUUGCUCGCCAAGCGAAAAGGAAAGGGGCGGGUGGAUGGGUACCUCGGCUCAGACCAGGGCGCUGGGGCGCCACGGGGCCAGCCAGGAGGGCCCGGAACUUUUGCUUGCUUCUCUGCAGUCCCCGGGAGGGUGCUCAACCCAUGCGCCCAAAGGUGCUGCAAUGUCUCGCCUCCUGCUUUGGUCCUUGAGCUUCCUAGUCCUUUCCAUUCUGGAAUCCAAGUCUUCCGCUGACGAUGGUACUGUAGUAGUCACCACUAAUGGCGCUGUCCAGGGAAAAUAUCUCUUAGCUGGCUCAAGAUCAAUCACAGCCUAUCUGGGCAUCCCCUAUGCAGAACCUCCUGUGGGGAAACUGCGUUUCCAAAAGCCUGUUCCCCAUAAGCCAUGGAGCCACAUUCUGAAAGCCACCAACUUUGGCAAUUCAUGCCCCCAAACAGCUAUUUCGGACACUCCUGAUGCUGAAAUAUGGUCCACAAACACACCUCUAUCAGAGGACUGUCUGUUUAUCAAUGUUUGGGUACCCAAACCCUGGUUCUCCACACCAGCAGCUGUCCUAGUCUGGAUCCAUGGUGGGGGUUUCUUUUUUGGCACAAGUUCCCAGGUAAUGUAUAAUGGGGCAUUCUUAGCUGCUAUAGAGCAUGUGAUUGUGGUGUCCAUGAAUUACCGCCUGGGAGCUCUAGGCUUCCUUUCAUUACCACCAGCCGCCCCAGGAAACAUGGGCCUGUUAGACCAGCAGCUGGCCCUGAAGUGGGUGAGGGAGAAUGUAGCUGCCUUUGGAGGAGACCCUACUCGGAUCACCAUCUUUGGCGAGAGUGCUGGAGGAGCGUCUGUCCACUAUCACCUCCUCUCACCAGGGAGUCAGCCUCUUUUUGACCGGGCUGUGCUGCAGAGUGGGACGGCCAUUUUACCCUCUACUUGGGUGAAUCCUGAAGAGGCCAAGAGGAAUGCUCUGGACCUGGCCCAGGUGAUGGGCUGUACAGAAGAUGAGGGCAGUGCCAUAGUGAACUGCUUGCAGGAAAAGCCACUGGAAGAAUUCCAAACAUCCAUGUCCUCAAUCAUGGAUCCCAAGAUUGUUUUGAAUAUUCCCUUCGUACCAACCACAGAUGGAGAUUUUCUUCCUGAUGACCCACAGAAACUAGUGGAGUCCAGGCGCUUUCAUGCCAAGCCUAUUAUGAUUGGUACCACUUCUGAUGAAGGGUCCAUCUUAGUCUACUACGCUGCUCCGCUAUUAAAUACAUCCAAUGAAUGCCUUUUGACCUGGGAGAAACUCUUGGAGGGGCUGAAACUAAUUAUUCACAAUGCAACCGAUGACGUCAUCCAUUCCAUUGCACAGAGGUACAGUGAAGCAGAACCAGAGGGCCCGGCACAGUAUCGCUCCGCCUUGUCCCAGUUCUGGGGGGAUUACUCCUUCGUAUCUCCAGCAAACGAAGUUGCCACAGAAACUGCAAAGACCGGAAGCCCUGUGUAUGCUUACAUUUUCACACAUCGCAGUGUUGGCUCCGUUUGGCCUGAAUGGAUGGGGUCCUACCAUGGAUCUGAGGUCGCAUACCUUUUUGGAACUCUGACGUUACUACCAGGAACCAAUGAAACUCAUACGGAGGCGGAGUUAGCACUAAUCCCGCAAGUGAUGCAGUACUGGGCGGAGUUUGCCAGAAGCGGCAAUCCCACCCCUUCAGAUGUUGGUGAGGCAAAAUGGCCACUCUACAACCCUGAGGAACAGAACUUCUUUCGCAUCAGCACGGAGCCGCCUCAAGUCAUGAAGCCCUCACCUGCUCGGCACUGCAGUUUCUGGAAGACACUCUUAUCACAGGCAUCAAGCCCAGACCGGCCUCCAAGAGAUUCUCUUCCAUCUAGCCCAGAAGUCAACAGGAAAGAAGAACUGUGAUUUAAAUUCAUAUGAAUGGAGAAAGAGCACUGAAUGAACUGGGAGGAACAAGUCUAAAGAAUUAAGAAAAAGGACAUUUCUGUUUGCAUUUUCCAUCUCUCAUAGUAAUUUCUGUCGUCUGAUUUUGAAACAUAAGAACAAUGAACAGCUUCCUCUAAUUUUCUUCUCACAAACAAUCAAGUCUACAUUCAUGUAACUAAAGAGAAAAGAUUUGAAGAGGAUCAUAUAUUCUAUGUGGCAUUUUAUGUAAUUUUUUGUAUACCUAUGUUGUGAGCCUCUUCGAGUCUGCUGUGGUGGGUGAGAGCCGGGGAUUAAAUCAAAUCAAUCAAUUAAUAAUAAUAUUGUAUUAGUGUAUGUUUCCUUGGUUCUGUAAUUGUUUUGCAGUUUUUGUUCAAAUGUAAGUGUUCCCUCUUCUGGUUAAGCACAAUCAAAUAUUUCAUUUUUGGUGUGAAUUUGGGGCUUGGCGGAUCAUUCUGCCCUAUAUAGAAGUGUUAUUGUGAUCCAUCCUACCCGACUAAUGUGAUGGAGUCAGGAAAGACUUUGAAUUCUUAGUCUGAGGCAGAGUCUUUAUAGACAGAAAAAAGGCUAGAUCUCUAGCCAACACUUCAGGUUGGCAACCCUGUUGCCAAGAGGGCCUUUUCAGUGGCAGCCCCAUGAUUAUGGAACAACCCCUACCAGGGCUGUGCGUGGCCCCUCACUAUUGGUCUUUGGGAAGCAGCCAAAUACUACUUUAUUUAGCACUGUAUUUAGUUAAGGUAGUCAUUAAUUACAAUUUUACAUUUUGGUUUUAUGUUUUUAAACAUUUUAAUACAUUUUUUUCAUAUUGCAAGCCAUCUUAAGCUUCACAGGAGGAAAGGCAGCUAAUAAAUAAGUGUCGUUCCACAAUACUGUCUUAUUCACCUGUGCUUUUCGGUGUCUUGUGCAAAUGCUUUGGACGAAUCCCAAAGGCACCUGGUGGGCCACUGCGAGUAGCAGAGAGCUGGACUAGAUGGACUUUGGUCUGAUCCAGCUGGCUUGUUCUUAUGUUCUUAUGUUCUUAUCAUUUGUCCGUUGGCGUAGCUAUUCUUUUUAUAAAUACUUCUCAGUGGAGGCUCCCAUCUUGCAGGAUGUGCAAAACAGAAAUGUUCAGAGGGGCAUUUUUACAAGUUGAUUAGAACUACAGUGAAACAGAACAGACCUGAGGGGCACCUUUAUAAUGGAAUAGGAUUGUAGUCUACUGUGAUGAUUAUGGGUAGGCUCAUACUUCUCCUGCAUUGCCUUUUGCCUUUAUGAUUCCACUUUAUGCAUUGUUUAUAGUGUACCUUGUAUUGGGCACGUGGCUGUUCUGAUUUGUUUCUGCCUCUGCAAUCCUAGUCCUAUGGCAUUGGUACUUAGUUGCCUUAUGCUGUCUUGUUGCGUUGUUCAUAUUCGAAAAUCCUCUUUGAGUCUUGGUGAGACCGACGGGCUAUAAAUAAACAGAAAACAGUGAAAGGAGACACAAUUGUGCUGUCCAAUUACCUUCCAGGAUGUUACAUGGAAGAUGGCAAAUAGUUGUUAUUCCACAAAAGACUAGAUCCUGUCGGUAGGUUUUGGUUGUGCAGUAAUAUAGAACACUUUUUAUGUACUUGACAACAGCAGCAAGGAUUGUAUAUGCAUACAAAUGAAGGGCAAUAAACCAACAAAACAAGA